CUGUGGUUCAGCGGUUCAGCGAUUCUGUACCGCUUUUCGCCCGAAGAGCUCAGCACGUUCACCAUACUCGCUGCUGCGAAGCUUCGUGACGAAUUUGAUUCGACCUUUGAAGUUCUCUCCGGUUAUCGUGCAAGACGCCAGCGCGCUAGAACUUGGUCGUUUAGUAGGGGCUGCAUGGGGGCGGUAGGAUAGAGCGGCAACGAAAUGGAUGAAGCUAGUGACGGCGUUGGCGGGAGGCCGCGAAAUGAUUCCAUCGCUACGGAAGACGCUACCCUUGCUUUUAAUUUAGAAGAAUUGGACGACAAAGAAUUUGAGCUUCCACCUGUGGAAAAUCCACCAACGUUGGAGAGCAUAUUAAACGAAGUGGAUGGAGGCUCGCUGAGUGACGAAGAGGUGCCCAACCAGGCAAUCUUCCAUGGAAGCUGUGAUUCAGUGUCUCUUGGUAGCGUUGACUCAAGGAGUCUGCCAGCAGAGAAAGUUGGCACUCGUCCAAACAGCAUCCUGCGGCAUGUCAUCUUGCGAGGAGUGUCUUCCCAGCUACGGUCAGCUGUGGAGCGGGUUGACUCUGGAAAACCCACCGCCAUGGCGGUGUCGUCCCUGAUAGCUGUGGGUACCUUCCAUGGCCUGGUGCUUGUGUUUGAUCCUGAACAAGCAUUGAAAUGGUGCUUGGGCAGCAUACAGCUGGGUGAGCAGUAUGGAUCUGUGUCUGCAAUGGGCUUCAACACAGACUGCAGCCGGCUUCUUUGUGGAUAUGCCAAGGGUCAGCUGACCAUGUGGGACCUCACCAAUGGGAAACUGCUUCGUACAAUCGCAGACAUCCACCCACCACAAAUGGCCAUCCUGCAUGUCAAGUUCACAGAUGACCCGACGCUUGCCAUCUGCAGCGAUAGUGGUGGCUCUGUAUAUGAACUUAACUUCAGGCAAGUAAAAGUUCUUAACAGCCGGACGUGCGAGUCUGUGUGCAUUUUUUCUGGAAGUCGAGGUGAGGUGUGUGCCAUGGAGCCGCUGCACGUGAGCCCCGAGGUGGCACGGCACCCUUCCCAGGAGGUGUCCUUGCUGGCCCUGGCCACUGUCACCAAGGUGAUUGUGGUGACUGUGCGCCCAGUUCUCCGUGUCCGCUUCACCCAUUCUCUCAAGGCAAACCCAAACACACUGCCACUGCUGAGCUGGCAGUUUGUGGUUAUCCAGGUGUCAGCUUCGGCACGGAUCAUUGACCCUGUACUGGCCUUUGGCCGCCAGAGCACCAUCUUUUUUUUCCAGGUCAACAUUCCCAGCUUGGACAAGAUCAUUUUUGUGCCCUUACAGAAGGUACAAGUGCAGUACACGGUCCAGAAUUUUACUUGGCUGAACUCUCGAACACUGGCGGCCUUAGAUACGUCAGAGAAUCUGCAUGUACUUGAUGUAAGAUCACAGGAGGAACUUGAGGUAAGUAAUUAUUUAUGUCAUUGUAGUUGAGGAUUGCGCUUUUAGGGCUU